UGGUUUCGGCUAAGACCGUGGCAUCCUCAUCGUUUUCGAACCUCCUCGCGAAGACGCCUAUGCCCGAAGCAUUUUCGCGGGCUUAGGGUUUAAGGACCGCUAACUCUGCUCUAAAACCCUAAGAAUAUGCAGUCGCAAUCCUUCUCUCGUGGCCUUCCCCCGGCUCUGGUCGGAUUACAGGAUGGCCGUUCUCGCUUUCGCCAAAUGCAAUUGGGAAACCGGUGGAAACAAGGAGAACAGCUUGAAUUUUCAUCCAAACAGCUUCAAUUUGCAUCCAAGUGGGAUGUGUUGAAGAGGAAGAAUGGGGCGUUCAUGUGCGUGGCUGAUUCUAACGGGAAGCCUCAGUUGGAAUCAUCUGGAAAGGAAAAUCGUGUAUUGUAUGUUAGUGCAUUGAAUGGAGUGGAGCCUUCUCGUGGGAAAUCUGGCUCUGUCUCAUUUCAUGGUCUCACUCACCAGUUGGUAGAAGAGGGUAAAUUGAUGUCAGCUCCUUUUAGAGAAGACAAGGGCUCUCUCCUCUGGGUACUAGCUCCUGCAGUGUUUAUCUCAUCUUUGAUUUUUCCUCAAGUUUUCCUUGGCGAUCUAAUUGAGGCUUACUUCAAGGAGGAGAUUCUCGUAGAAGUUGUGACUUCAUUGGUGUUUGAAGUCCUAUUUUAUGUCGGAGUUGCUGCGUUCCUGCUCGUGACCGAUCGUGUUCAAAAACCAUACUUGCAAUUCAGCUCGAAGAGGUGGAGUCUCAUUACAGGCCUUAGAGGAUACUUGACAACAGCUUUCUUCAUUGCUGGCUUCAAGGUUGUAGCUCCACUAUUUGCCGUCUAUGUAACUUGGCCGAUGAUUGGCCUGCCUGCCCUCGUUGCAGUGUUUCCAUUUCUGGUUGGCUGUAUCGUUCAGUUGGCAUUUGAAACCCAUCUUGAUAGGCGUGGCUCAGCUGCUUGGCCACUCGUUCCAAUCAUUUUUGAGGUUUAUAGACUUUACCAGUUGACAAAAGCUUCCCAUUGUAUGGAGAGGUUGAUGUUCCAAAUGAGAGGGCUUCCCAACACUCCAGAACUGUUGGAAAAAAGUGGAGCUAUUUUUUCUAUGAUGAUAACCUUUCAAGUCCUGGGAGUGAUAUGCCUCUGGUCGUUAAUGACUUUUCUUUUGAGGCUUUUUCCUUCCAGACCUGUGGCAGAGAAUUACUAGUGUUGUAGCAUUCUGUACAUUCUAUUUUCAGGGUUAGUUAACUCUUAAUUACAAUUUAUUUUGUUGCAAGGAUUUCUAGAACAUUUUAUCAUGAUUUGUUCAAUGAGCUCCAUGUUGCCCUACCCCAUCAAUUGAUAUUCAAAUCUUCAGCUUCC